AUGGAUUACAUCGCCAACAUGCCCACUUUGCAAAUUCUUACCUCAAUCGCCGCCGUGUCCUUGGGAUACGUCCUCUAUUGGGCUUCCCACUAUGGGCAAAGGGCUCCCAACAUGCCUCCUGGCCCUCCGACGCUUCCAGUCAUUGGAAACGCCAAUAUUAUGCCCCGUGAACGUCUGCACAUCAAGUUUACGGAGUGGUCCAAGGUUUAUGGCGACGUCUUCUCCCUGAAGGUUUUCAACCAGACCAUCAUCGUCCUCAACUCGCCGACCAUCGUGAAGGAGGUCAUCGACAUCCGCAGCGCUAGCAGCAGCAACCGUCCCAAGUCUAUUCUCGCGGACAUGAUCACUCCCCAUAAUAUGAACAUGGGCACAGGCCAUCUUGCCAAUACGACUUGGAAGUCCAUGCGUAAAGCCACGGCUCAACUUCUUAACGCUGAAAGUAUUCGACGCCUGGGCUAUUUCCAGAAAGCCGAAUCAUGCCAGUUGAUGUGGGAGCUGGCUCAUAUGCCAGAGAAUUGGUACUCACACCUUCGUCGAUACACCACUUCUUAUGCACUUGGCAUCAUUUACGGCAAACGCGGACCCACUCUCUCUUCGCCUGACGUAGUCGAUUUCAUGGACGUUCAUCCCAAGUUCAUCAACGCCCUGGAGAUCGGCACUAUGCCGCCCGUUGACUUGUUCCCGAUCUUGACGCUCGUGCCUGAGCGAUGGGCCAAUUGGAAGAAGAUCGUUAAAAACAUUCGACACCUCCAUGAGACUUUGUACGAUCGGCUCCUGUCAACCAUCGAGAAGCGCAUGGCCGACGGUAAUGGAACUGGUGUUUUCCUUGAACAAAUGAUCACCAAAGCACAACAAUAUGGCCUAACUACCCGUGAUCAUAUUUUGCAUACCGGUGGUGUCCUACUUGAGGGUUCCGAUACAUGCUCCGCCAGCAUGCAGAACGCUGUCUACUGUCUAAUCAAUUUCCCGCACGUGUUGAAGAAAGCGCAAGAGGAAAUUGAUCGUGUCGUCGGCAAGGAUAGGUCUCCGGAUUGGGCUGAUCUUCCCAAUCUGCCCUAUGUUCUGGCUUUCAUUGAGGAGGUUCACCGGUACCGCCCUAUAGGACCCAUGGGGCUUCCUCACUCUAUGGUCGAGGACGAGGUUAUUAACGGCGUCUUGUACCCGAAAGAUUCUGUCAUUUUCAUUAAUCUCUGGGGCAUGUUCCAUGACGAGCGCUACUUCGACCGCCCUGAAGAAUUCUUGCCGGAGCGCUUCUUGAAGCACCCUCUUGGUGUUAGACCUAAUGUUGAAGAUGAUCCCGCCCGCAGGCCCAACAUGCUCUUCGGCGGUGGACGACGAGUCUGCCCUGGUAUCGCCUUUGCGAAAACAUCCCUUGAAAUAAACAUAGCCAAUAUGAUCUGGGGGUUCGACUUCGCUUCUGCUAAAGAUCCAGUAAGCGGCAAAGAGAUCCGUCCUAGUUUGGACGAUCACACCACUGGCGUGACCGCUACUCCCAAAGAGUACCCCGUACGCAUUACCCCACGGUCGGCUCAACACAAGGAUAUCAUCGAUAAGCAGUUCGCUUCAGCGGCUGAGAUUCUUUCGCAGUUCGAGCUGGAAAUCAGCGACGAAGACAAGGCGUUCAACGCCACCUAUCGUGACUCCUUGUGA